AUGGCAGAGGUCUUUCUGCCUCUACUGGAUGGAUUCCUUGUUAAUUUCAAUGAAUCCAGAUCAGUCAUUAACAACUUGCUUGGACAGAUCCCAGAUAUGUUUGCAGAGACAAAUGAGAGCGAAACGGUCUUAGCUCCAGUUAUCCAGGCUGGCAUGGAGGCAUUAAAGGCAGCAGAAUGUGCAGGCAAGCUGUUCAUCUUCCAUUCAUCACUUCCCACUGCAGAAGCCCCAGGAAAACUCAAGAACAGAGAUGACAGAAGACUGAUUAACACAGACAAGGAAAAGAACCUCUUUCUACCCCAGUGUAAUACAUAUGAAAAUCUAGCAAAGGAAUGUGUGGCCAGUGGGUGCUGUGUAGACCUUUUUCUGUUCCCCAACAACUACAUUGAUGUGGCAUCAGUAGGCCUGGUGACAAUGCUUACAGGAGGGACACUCUACAAGUAUAAUAAUUUUCAGGUACAUACAGAAGGCCAGCAGUUUAUCAGUGACCUCAAGGAAGAUAUUCAAAAACGAAUAGGAUUUGAUGCUAUCAUGAGAGUCCGUACAAGUACAGGAUUUAGGGCCACUGAUUUCUUUGGUGCUAUAUAUAUGAACAAUACCACAGAUGUAGAAAUGGCUGCCAUUGAUGCUGACAAAGCAGUAACUGUGGAGUUUAAACAUGAUGACAAAUUAGGUGAAGACACAGGAGCUUUGAUUCAGUGUGCUGUUCUAUACACAACCAUCAGCGGACAGAGACGUCUAUUAGUUCACAACAUUAGUCUCAACUGCAGUUCCCAACUUGCAGAUCUAUACAAGAGCUGUGAGACAGAUGCCCUCAUAAACUUCUUUGCUAAAUCAGCUUACAAAGCAAUCCUGCAUCACCCUCUGAAGACAGUGCGUGAUGUGUUGAUCAGUCAGACAGCUCACAUGUUAGCAUGCUAUAGGAAGCACUGUGCAAGUCCCUCGGCUGUUAGCCAACUCAUCCUUCCUGAUUCCAUGAAAGUGCUUCCAGUCUACAUGAACUGCUUGUUAAAGAAUGAGGUCCUGGUUGGCAGCCCAGAGAUUGCCACUGAUGAGCGGGCUUUUCAGAGACAGCUGCUUAUGUCUAUGGAUGUGGCCAGCUCCCAGCUCUUCUUCUAUCCACUGCUUCUACCCUUACAUACGAUGGACACCAAGAGUGAUGCCAUUCCUUCAGCUGUCCGUUGUUCUGAGGAGCGCUUAUCUGAAGGAGGGAUAUUCCUUUUGGCCAAUGGCGUCUUCAUGUUCCUGUGGUUGGGUGUCAGUUCACCACCAGAAUUCAUCCAAGGGAUAUUUAAUGUGCCUUCCUUUGCACACAUCACCCCAGAAGCUACAUCUCUCCCUCAACUGGACAGUCCUCAUUCCAAAAAAUUAAGGGAAAUAAUGGAAUUUAUUCAGAGCAAAAGUUCACAUUCAAUGAAGCUUGUCUUGGUGAAGCAGAAGGAUAAGGCAGAGAUGGCGUUCAGACAGCUGCUGGUAGAAGAUAAAGGCCUACUUGGGGGAGCUUCAUAUAUGGAUUUCCUCUGCCUUGUUCACAAAGAGAUCCGCCAGCUCCUUACAUAA